CGGAGGGGCGGAGGGGCGAGGAGGAGGAACGAGGAGGAGCGGGAGGCAGCACGGCAUCCUCCCUCGGGGCGGCGGGGCGCAGGCAGAGCAUCCGCCGAGCGUCCCUGGCGGUGGGGAGGAGCCCCGGGGCCGCCCCGGAGCAUCGCGGCUCCUUGAGGUGCGGGGCCGAGCUCUGCAGCUUCCAGAAGACGUUUUAGAUUGAUAUUUUUAGUUUUUCUUUUUAAGCCGUCUCUGGCAGCCGGCGAGGUUGAGGUUGUUCUUCCACAGGGCUCUCUGGAACACCUUGCUUUUCCAUCCCUCCCUUCGCAAAGGGAGCCUUUGCGUUUCUUUACCAAUAUUUUUGAUUCCUUGCACAAAACCCCGCUUUGGGCAGCGUCUGUCGACAGGAAAGCUUCAGAGGAAGCAGCCAGGACCAGUGAGCGGUCCCCUCGCGAUGUGGACCUUUCUGGGUAUCGCCUCCUUCAUCUACAUCUAUAAAAAGUGCGGAGACCUGAUGACUUACGCCAACAAGGAGGUGCUGCUCUCUAUGCUUGUGUUCUUCUCCCUCGGCUUGCUGCUGUCGUACAGGUACCACUUCAGGGGGCCCAAGCAGCAGCAGCGGCGGAAAACCCACCUGGGGAUGCUCUCUGAUGUUCUCUCAACUCUACCUCUUGUUGGCUUCUUCUGGGCCAAACCCACCCCAGGAUCUCAACAAGUCAAAGAACCCAAAUCCAGAAAGGAUAAAGCAGAAGCAGACGUCUGUGAUGUGCAUCUGACAGAGACUGCUCCAAGUACAACAGCAGCGCCCCAGUAUGAUCCAGAAAUCAUCAUUGUCGGAUCAGGCGUACUUGGUUCUUCCUUGGCCACAGUGCUCUCUAGAGAUGGAAGAAAGGUGACUGUGAUAGAGAGGGAUCUGAAAGAACCUGAUAGGAUAGUUGGAGAGUUGUUGCAACCUGGAGGUGUUAAUGCACUUAAAGACUUGGGUCUUGAAGAUACAGUAGAAGGUAUUGAUUCACAAAUAGUAAAUGGUUACAUAAUUCAUGACAUAGAGAGCAAUUCGGAGGUUGAAAUUCCUUAUCCAACAUCUGAGGAUGGCCAUGUGGUGAGUGGAAGAUCUUUUCAUCAUGGCCAGUUCAUCAUGGGUCUCCGAAAGGCAGCUAUGGCAGAACCCAAUGCGAAAUUCAUUGAGGGGACUGUGUUACAGUUGCUUGAGGAAGAUGACUGUGUCGUGGGUGUUCAGUAUAAGGACAAAGAAACUGGAGAUACUAAGGAACUUCAUGCACCUCUUACUGUUGUAGCUGAUGGACUUUUCUCCAAGUUUAGAAAAACCUUGGUCUCUAACAAAGUUACUGUUUCAUCCCAUUUUGUUGGUUGCAUUUUGAAGGAUACGCCACAGUUUAAAGCUAAUUAUGCUGAACUUGUUUUAGCUAAAACUAGUCCAGUCCUAGUCUAUCAGAUUUCUUCAACUGAGACUCGAGUCCUUGUUGAUAUCCGAGGGGAAAUGCCAAAAAAUUUAAAGGAAUACAUGAUUGAGAAUGUUCAUCCACAACUACCUGAUCACUUAAAGGAACAGUUCCUAAUAGCAGUUCAGAAUGAUCGUUUAAGGACUAUGCCGGCCAGCUUCUUGCCUCCUUCAGCUGUAAAUAAAAAAGGUGUUCUUCUUUUAGGAGAUGCAUAUAAUAUAAGACACCCUUUAACUGGUGGAGGAAUGAGUGUUGUUUUAAACGAUGUUAAGAUAUGGAGAACUUUGCUGCAGGAUAUUCCAGACCUUUAUGAAGAUUCUGACAUUCUUAAGGCGAAAAAAACAUUUUAUUGGUCAAGAAAAAAAUCUCAUUCUUUUGUAGUGAAUGUUCUUGCCCAGGCACUUUAUGAACUCUUUGCUGGCACAGAUGAUUCCUUGCACCAGCUAAAGAAAGCCUGUUUCCAUUACUUCAGAUUGGGUGGAGAAUGUGUCUCAGGACCUGUUGGGUUGCUUUCUGUGUUAUCUCCUAAACCAAUGGUACUGAUUGGCCACUUCUUUGCUGUGGCACUGUAUGCUGUAUAUUUUUGCUUUAAGUCAGAGUCCUGGAUCACCACACCUCGAGCAUUUUUCAAUAGUGGAGCUAUUCUUUACCGGAGCUGCUCUAUAAUAUUUCCACUUAUUUACUCUGAAAUGCAGUAUUUAGUCUACUAAAAUCCAGGGGGAAUAAACAGAAGAAGAAAACAUGAAAAUCAGGAUGCCUUCAAAAUCUUUGGACAUGUACUAUUUAAUAUCGUAUUAUGUUUUCUUCUCUUCAAAAUGCAAUUUCCUUGAUAAGGAUUUGAUUUAAUUUUGGUUUUGUGGUUAUAUACAUAUAUAUUAUAUGUAAAUAUUCUUGGCUUUGCAAGUAAAAUUCAAAAAGGAGUUAGCUGUUUACAAGGACCAUGAUUAAGUGUUGACACAUGGUAGCAAUUGCCAGUUUUGUCAGAAUUUCAUUCCUUGCUUUAUCCAUUGCCGAGUGCACCACUAAUAUUAAUAAACUGAAAAGUGAUAACUCUAAACCAUAUGCUGCUAUUAUCCUUCAUGCUUUUUUCUGUUCAGUAGUCCCAUAGACUGUUUCUUUGUAAGAACAUUCUUGAUUUGGGUUAUUUCGUUAGGGUUUGCCUCUUCUUUUUCAGUCUGCUGAUACUUAAAAGGACACUGUAAAGGAUUGCAGAUCUUGAGGUGUCACCAUAUUUUUUACUUCAGUCACUGUUGCAAGUGCCAUGUUGCUAUUCUGAAAUCAGUCUUUACACCAGAUUUAAUUUAAACGAGUAAUAAUCAAGCCGUAGUUAUGUUGGCUACUGCAUUGCACUCAGGUACUGAAAGCACAUCUUUCUGAAACUUUCUUCGUAUCUCACUUCCUUCUAAAAACUUUGGGGAAUUGUUUCAGUUUGCUUGGAGUGUGUGCAAUUGUAGUUUAACACUGCCAUGAACUGAAGCACAGCAACAAACUGGAUCCACUGAAACAAAUUCAGUCCAGCCUAUUUCCAGUACACAAUAAUCUUUAAUAUUACUUCUUAAAAUUCAUGACAAGUACCAUAUUAGUGUCCUUUUAAUACUUGGAGUAUGGGGUUUUUUUUUCUGUAGAAGUUACUGCAUGCUGCUAAGGAGUCCAUGCCUUUUACUGUUGGUCAUUGUUCCUCUCAAUAUUCUCUUCAUCAGUACGCUUUCCUUUGUUCUUGUGUAUUUUCAUUUUUCUGUACCUUUCUUACGAUUGCUUUGUGUAUCGCUUUAUGGCUUCUCCUGGUUUGGCUUGCCUAACUGUCACACAUCAGGGUAGCCGAGAGCUCAGAGAGCAGUAACAGGUUGCAUUUCUCUGUGCUGAUGAAGCUUUGACUAUAUCUUGAGAAUGACUGAUUGGAUAAGCUGUGUAUAAGUACAUAUUUUAUGUUGGACUGUGAAAAAAAAACCUGUGGAGAAGCUUUUUUGGUAUUCUAUUUGACCGAUAUCUCAAAUGACCUGUUCUUUUCCAGAAGUAGAAUUAUGUACAUUUUUCUAACCGUUGUCACUUUUGCUACCCUCUUGAAAUUACCCUCACCACAAAUAUGUCUAUGUUUAAACUUCAGGAUAAAGUAAUAUGAUUUUCAAAUAUACAGUAACUAAAUGAUGCCCCUUGAAGGGUGUACAAAGUUUGCAGAAUUUAUACCAGUGUUUUCAAAAUCUGUGACAAUUUUGAAAAUAUUGAUUAAUUUUACAUUUCCUAUGUUUUUAUAUUCUAUGCAGUCAGUCUUUUUGAAGUCAGGGAUGAACAGUCCUUGGUCAAAUACACAUCCUCAGCUAACUGAAAUUAAAAAGUUAUGAUAUCUGUAGAUUUUUUUUUGUUGUGUUUCUCUGGUUAAUGAGUUUUGUUAGGUCUUGAUAGUUCAGGAAAUACCAGUGUACGUAAACUUACAGAUGUGUUUAAGCUGGCUUUUUUUCCUUCUCUUUUCUUGAACCCAGUGCCUAGUUAAGUGUCUUGAUGAUCUGGAUAAUGACCACUUAUUGUAAAUUACUGUGGGGAUGAUAAAAAUCUUGUAUGCAUGUGUCAGGAAGAGCAACCUGAAAAUAUGACUCAUUCAAUGGUUAUGUGCCUUGUCCUCAGGAGAUGGCAAAGGAUUAUUUUGAAGUAUCGCACAAACUGGGAAGAUUUAGACAAGGCUGCACAGAGUGUGGGCUUCUAACUUAAAUUACUGAUGAGUUGAUCUUUGACGGCAUUGUCUGGGUUCCUGCUUCAGCUGGGCCUCCUCCAGCUGAUCAGAGGCACGCAGUAGCACUUUGCCGCAGGGAAGAAAACUCCCGAAAGAAAACAGAGCAGAAUUCCAAGCUCUUUCUGGUAGUCCCUAGCUGAGGUGUUUUUUUCAGGGAUACAGAGGGAGACUGGAGGAUGACUAGACAUAAGGAGGAAUUUCUUCACGAUGAGGGUGGUGAGGCACUGGAACAGGUUGUCCAGGGAACUGUGGCUGCGCCAUCCCUGGAGGUGUUCAACGCCAGGUUGGAUGGGGCCUUUGAGCAGCCUGAUCUAGUGGGAGGUGUCUCUGCCAUGGCAGGGGGCUUGGAACUAGAUGAUCUUUAAGGUCCCUUCCAACCCAAACUAUUCUGUGAUUCUGUGAAGGGAGUGUCACGAAAGAAGCAGUUGAGCCAAAUGAGAGUAAGAAGAGUAAAGCUGGCAGUGAGUGGGUAAUGGAAUCUAACAUUGCCAGCAGAAGUAUGCAGCAGACAGUCUGUAAGAGUCCUGGGUUUCAUUUCUUACACCCUUAUGCUGCAAAGGGAAGCAUUGUGCUGGGAAAGGUGUGUCACAGGCAUGAUUCAGAAUCUGAGCAGAAUACAGUGCACACACAAGAAACUGACAUAUUGCGUAUUGCAUUGAAUAAAUAAAUCUGUAGACUCUGAAGAAGUUCUAAGGAUUGGUUCUAAGGAUUUUCACACUGCACAAUUUGAUACCAUCCUGCACCCUUAGCAGUGCACUUCAGUGAGCGUUUUGAGGCCGUGAGAGAUGCAUUGUGUUUGUGGUUGUCCCUGUAGUCCAGAAACAGUGACAGCUACAGCCAAACAGGAGAGCAGAAGGAGCAAGAGAAGCACCUGUCCAUAGCGAUGAGACUGUAGCUCACGACAUGGUGCAGGAAUGUGAAAACUUGCUAGUGGUGGGGAGGAAAGAGGAAAAUGCAAUUGCAUUCUCUGCUAGUCUAAUGGUCUGGUGGCUUGUUCAUAGGUGGUGAGUUGGUUUGUGCGUGUAGAGCUUGCUUGAGAAAUUUGUGUCAUGUAAC